GUCUGGUUCAGUACGCUACCGUCUCUCGCUGCGUUCGCCAGAUACACGGUAGACGCCCGACGUCGCGACGACAGUUUAUCCAUCGAGGAGAUAAUCGAAGAGCGCGUGAAUUAUGUUGACAAACUUUUGAUUAUAUCGCUGCGAGAUUGGGACUUCAGUUUUUUGAGAUGGGGUCAAUAUUCAUUGUCGGGCUGACUUUUCUGAACUUACGGAACUCUUGACUCUUCGAAGCUGUCACUGAUGUCAAAGGUGGAGUAAGGAAGGUUUGCCAUAGAAAAUGUGCUGCUCCGGUGAUGGUGCUAGUGCCAGUGGUGGAUCGAGUAUGACUCGCUGUGGGGUUGUUUGCGGACUGGCAGCCCUUGCAGCCCUUACUACGGCCCUUCUAGGACCUGCCUGGUUACAUACCGAGGAGAAGCUUUUGCUGCCACACUUGCCGCAGCACCUGGCAUCUUCGGUCACCGUGCGAUUCAAGCUGGGACUGUUUAGGGCCUGUCCCAGGAUCGUCAAGCCUGCCAACUUGACAGUCCAUAUCUCAACCCCACCCUGCAGCUACAUCCGGUACAGUAGCACCGAUGACGUCAAAUCCCAGGAAUUGGGAUUUCGCCAGCUGGAUUUUACACCUAUGGUCGUUUCCAAAAUACGAAUUUCCGCACCCUUUCAAGUGGUAGCCAUGGCCUUGAUACUGGCUGGCACCGUCUCGGCGCUUAUCGGUAAUUGCUACUCCGAUCACAGGACCCUGAUAGCCUGCGGACUUUUUCUUCUAGGUGGACUAUCCCUUGGAGGUGGUCUCAUCGUCCUGGCUUCUGCCCUCUCCGAUGCCUCCCUGGAAUUGCCAAGGAAGUACAGCCUGUCCUCGGGCAUUGGUGUACAACCGGAUGAUAACGGUUUACCACAGUAUCAGUAUGGCUGGUGCCUUCAGCUCUCAGGAUUGGCUCUGAUCUUGGCUGAGGUUGCUGCUCUACUUACGGUUUCCGGUUAUAUGGCUCGUUUUCCAACAGUCGAGGACAUGGUGAGGGUCAUGGUUCCUGGAGCCGAGAGGAAACUUCGAGAACAGAGAGGACUGAGCUCGGAGUACCUUGUCAGAGCGCAUCAGAAAUCCCCAGGACCGGUUCAGGCCAGAGGAUUUCAUCAAGCCAGUAAGGGGCCCCAGAGACUUGCCGAGGAAGGGACGUCGCUGCUGUGUAAAACGGCGCCUGACAUCUGCGCCUCUAAUCCCCAAGCUAUCAGCUACGUCGAUAAAUCAGAUCUCUCGAAUAUAUUACCGGCAUAUCCAGACGAUACGAAGAGCGCCGACCCCAGGUUCGCCUUUGUCGAUAAGUCAGAUCAGAGUGUUAUCGACUCGAGACUCAGUGGCUUUGCCGAUAAGGAAGGUCUCAUGGAUUCUAGGAUACUCUCUGAUUCUAGACAGAACAUGAUCGCCUUUACCGACGCUAAGGAACAUACCGUGGGACACGAACCUAGGUACACUGAGUUCUCCGGUAGGAACGAACAGAGCAUCGUUGACUCCAGACUUAGUGGGUUCGCUGAUAAGGAGGGUCUUCUGGAUUCUAGACUCGGUGUUGGAUAUACUGAUAAGAACGAGUCUCUCCUGGACAGUCCGUUUGCUUUUGACUCUCAGUAUAACACGUUGGCAGGACAGACUGUACCCAUAACCCUCAAGCAUCAGAACGCAUCUGUCUCAGCGAUUCAGUCUCAGUUCAUUUAUCAGAACUUUGGAACGAUACACUCAGGCAUCUUGAGAGUCUCUGAACCUGGUACCAGCUCCAGUUCUAAUUCUAGUCAGAGAAGCAUGACCUUGCAAAAUCCAAAGAGGAAGUCACAGAUUGCUCAGAACACCUUCAGCACUAUGGAGUGCGAGAAGAGGAAGCGGGGUCCUGGUAUUGCUGGCAAGGCUGGAUAUUAUGCUGGAAGUGCUGUAUGACCACCACCUCCUCCACCAACGCCCAGGUAACUCCUCGAAGAGGAAACGCCACUCUAGCCCAUUGAGAAGUCGAAGAUCAUAUAGAAGACAAAGAGGAUGAUGAUCAUCCUGGAACGGGCUAAUCUGUCCUAAGGGACUCUGUGGAGAAUCUGGAUUUGUGUGGAGGAUCUGGCAGAGGAGUAUAAUGAAGAUGAGCAUUUUUAAUUGAAAUAUUUCAGAUUUAAUGGAUCGUCUGAAAUUAUCUGAUGACUAGUUCUUUGUAUAUAAUUACUGGGGAUGAGUAUUUGCGACUGUCGCCCUCAUAAGAACUUUGUGAGCUCUCUUGGCUCAUUUAGAAGUACUACUAUUUAUUAGACGAAGGCAGGUGUUGCUCAGAAAAGUGAGAAGUCUCGUUCACAUUGAACACGUCACAGACGAAUCUUUUUGUGGGAUACUGGUAAAAGAGACUGGAGAUGUAAUUGAAUUAUUAAUCAAAAUUAUAAGUAACAGAGACUGAGAGUUUUUUGAGGAGAUCACUGAUUGAGGAAUGAGGAACGAGGAAUGAGAUGUAAUUAAAUAUAAAAUUUCGAGUCGCCGUCCUAUCCCUACAUUUUUCAUUGGAGAUCUCCUUAAGGAUUUUCAUGCUAAUAAAUCUAUCGUUAAGUAAGACGUUUAAAAUCAAAUGCGAAUCUAAAUGUAGCCUAGAUUUCCUAAUUAAGAAAUUGUAAUUAAUUAGGAUUAGUCAAUGUCAGCGAGAGGACGCUCGAAUAAGUGAUACAAAAUAUAUAAAAAAAAAAAUUAAGGACGUUCGCGACUGACUCAAGAUGAGGACUCGAUAGCUCAAUGGCUCAAAGUCUUCGGAGUCCUAUAAGAGUGCACUGGAAAGCGUACCUUAAUUAUGAUUGGCCAAAUCUUUAACAUAUCAGAGACGAGAGUCCAGAGAAGAGACUAAAAAUGAAGAAGAAUAGAAAACGAUAUAAAAACAUGAAAAACAUGAUUAAACCUUCCUUUCAUUCAUUCGAAAAAAAUAAACGAUAUACAUAUAAGAGGGCGGCCAUCUUCUCUGGACCUCGUAUAUUUUUAUUCACUUGGCUCUCUCGUCCUCUCGCACAGACCUUUAUUCCCCGAUCGCCACAAAUAUAUUUCCCAAAAAUAAAAAAACCCGUUACCACUGAAAGGUAUAGUGAGAUAUUUAGAUACAACUACAGCCUGUUACUAUUUACACGUGUCAGUGGCCAAAAAUUUAUGUGUCAUUCAUCAGCAUUUAUGCCAGUGACAUUUCUGCUGAACUAAUCACUGACAUCUGCAGGAGAUUAGAAAAUUAAGAUAUAUAUUCAUAUACGAUAUACUGUUUGUAGCUCAGUGUAAUAAAAUCGU